AUGCCACCAAUUCGCUCUCCAUCCUCUCGCAAUGUAGCAGAGCAAGAGGGUAGGAUCUUACUAGCUAUCCAGGCUUUUCAGAACCAAGCAAUAUCUUCAAUUCGUGAAGUGGCCCGCCGAAAUCGAGGACUACGCUCUUUAAAAAUAGAUUCUCUCUAUAUAUCUACAUGGAGCGGCUCCCUAGCCUUCUACUAUACGAGAAAUGGCGAAUCUUUUGCUUUAAUAACACGGAACCCUCCUAGCUAUUUCGGUCGGCGAAAAAUAGACCUAUGA